AUAACGACGGUGGGGGCGCCUUUGUCCCGCAGAGGCGGCGGCGAGAAGGGAGCGGAGCGGCGGCCGGGAGCGGCCGGGAAGCGGAGCCGGGCCGGACGGUGGCAGCGCUCCUCUUCCGCGCGGCCGCACUAUGACUUUGGAGGAGCUGCCUGGCGACCAGCGCACCGCCGGCAGGAUGGAGCAGGCGGGGGACGCGCUGGAGGAGGUGCUGAGCAAGGCGCUGAGCCAGCGGAGCCUCACCCUGGGUGUCUACGAGGCGGCCAAGCUGCUCAACGUUGACCCCGACAACGUGGUUUUGUGCCUUCUGGCCGCCGACGAGGAAGAAGAAGGAGACGCGGCGCUGCAAAUCCACUUCACCUUAAUCCAAGCUUUCUGCUGCGAGAACGACAUCAACAUCCUGCGGGUCAGCAACCCGGCUCGCUUGGCCCAGUUGUUGCUUCCCGACGGCGGUCCUGAACCACCCACUGAUCUCCAUUGCGUCUUGGUCACGAACCCCCACGCCUCCCAAUGGAAGGAUCCAGCGCUGAGUCAGCUGAUGUGCUUCUGCCGGGAGAGUCGCUACAUGGAUCAGUGGGUGCCGGUGAUCAACCUCCCCGAGCGGUGACCGCAUCCCAGACAUCACCAAAUCAUUUUUUUUCAACCCGUUGCUCAGGAAUUGAUCAACCUCCACCCCCAUAAAGGAAGACAGGAGGGAGGGGAGGGAAACAAAAAAACAAACAAAAAAAAAACAAAAAAAAAAAAAUUGGGAAGAAAAAACAAACAAAGGAUUUAAUACUAAUUAAGCUGUUAUCACGUUGACCGCCGAGGUGUUGGAGAGGAGCAUGGAAGCGGAGCUGGAGGAGCCAACCCCCAUCCCCAGAGUGGGGACACCGCGAUGCCGACCGCCCCUUGGGCUGGUUUUUCUUUUUCAAGUGCAACUUCACAGUUUCUGGUUGAAAUCUCUUAAAAGGAGCUCCAAAAAGGUUGAAUCGGAACGCUUCGCUAACGAUUUUAUUGUAUUUUUUGGGAUGUUGAUUCUCAAGUUUUUAAUGCUAAGAUAUAUAAUAAGUUAUUUUAUGAUAUUGAUGGAAAAAAAUUAUUUAUACUCUGAGGUUUGAGAACCGGACUACCCUCGAGCAGUUGGUCCACAGCCGCACGUCUUUUAGCUGCUGCUGAAAGCAGCAACGGUGAUGUAAUUGUUGGAAAUGGGACGGCGCUUUGUUUUUUCGGGGGGUUUGUUUUUUGAAAUAAAGUUUUGACUCUGCUCCUC